AUGUCUUCAUACUAUUUUAUAACACCCAUCGCCAUACAAACUUCUCUCGCCCAGUUAAAGAAAAGGGAAAAAGAAAUGAGGGCUAAAUACAUUGUUUCUGCUUUACUUGGAUCUGUUGCUAUCGCCUUUGUUAGUGACAAUUUGGUUUCUGACCGCAAGAUCUUUGGAGGUUCUACUCCUUCAACUGUCUCGAGUAAAGAAUGGUUGCUCGAGACCGACAAGAAGUUCCAGGCAUGGCCCCGCACGGCUGGUCCUCCUGUGGUCAUGAACCCCAUCAGCCGCCAAAAUUUCAUUGUCAAGUCCGGCCUUGACCAAUAA